CGAGUGUACCAACAUGGAGGCGAUGUUUCUGUACCUCAUAGUAUAUCUGCAGUGGUAAAAGCUUGUUCGAAAGCCACUGAAUUGAUGUCACAGUUUACACCACGUGCAGUGAUUUUGUAGCCGAGAUUGUGAUUGGCGGAUUGCUGCUCCAGUUUUGCUUUACGACACCAGAGUGAUGGCGGCUUAUGGGGACACAUUUGAAAGUACCAGGAGUAUUGAGGAGAAGCGUGAGAGCAAGAGGAAGGCACGGCAGGAGCUUCUUAGCAAGGCAAAAGAUGACUAUGAUAAAGCAGAGAGGCGUAAAGAGCAGAAGCACCUGCGAGGAGAAGACACGUGGAUGCUGAAUGAUGUCAAUGAGCGCUUGGAAGCAUUAAAUCAGGAACAUUCGGCAAAGAGUAAAAAGAAAAAGGAGAAACACCGCCACAAACUGAAAAAGGAAAAAAAGAAAAAAAGCAAAAAGCAGACAUCCGAAAAGGAUGAUUCUGAGGACAGUUCUUCGGGUUCUGAAGAGGAGUGGGUUGAAGCACCCCUGCCACAGGCAGUCAGUGUGGAGAAGGCAUGGAAAAUUAAGGCUGAAGUCCCUGAUAAAUCAACAGAGAGGGACGAGUGGAUGACCUUAGACUUUAUGUCUCUGAAAGCAACAUCAGUUGCAGCGCUAAGAGCGGAAAAACAAAAAGAGAAAACACUGGAGCAUGAAAAAGCCCAAGCUGCAGAAAAGGAAACAAUACUAUCCAGAGAACUGAACCCUUACUGGAAGGAUGGUGGUACAGGGCUGCCACCAGUGGAGGGUGAUGUAGCUUCAGAAAAAAAGGUGCAACAUGUUGAGGAUGGAGGGUUGAGCUGGUUAAGAAAGUCUUAUCAGAGGAUGAAAGAACAAUCUGAAAGGGAAAAUCGAAGCCUUGAUGACAUAGUGGCUGAGAGAUAUGGGUCAAUGGAAAUUUUCCAAGAAAAACUAGAAGCAGCAGAAAAGGCAGCGUCACAGAAUUCUAAUGAUGGCCAAAGAGAGAGGUGGAGAAAAUCUCAUUAUCAGGAUGAUGAUCUUAGACGGUUUCCAAGGUCAAGCCAACACACUGAUGACAAAAGUAGGCCCCACCAUACUGAUCAUAAUCGGUAUGACAAAUAUUCCCGUAAAGAAAGUCAAGAAUACAGGCACAGCGAGGAGUACAGUAGAAAUAGGAAAGACCCUGAACACAGAAGAAGGCAAUUAUCUGAAGAUAGAAACCCGGAUAAAAGUGCCCCCUUUAAACCAAAGCAUCAGUUUUUAAAGCCCUCUGAUGAUAACAGAUCAUUAUAUAUCAGAGACUAUCAAUUACAAAAGAAUAAAGGAACUGGGUUUCAAGGCUCUGAAAAACCUUGUUUCCAGAAACCCUCGAGUAAUGAGGGUGAAAUAUCUUGGAAAAAGGUACCAUCUGAAGACUGUAGCGAGAAGAAGCAGCAACCCCAAGACUCUGAAAAACCUAGUUUCCAAAAAACCUCGAAAAAUGAGGGUGAAAAAUCUUGGAAAAAGUUACCAUCUAAAGACUGUAGCGAGAAGAAGCAGCAACCUCAAGACUCUGAACAACAUUGUUUCCAAAAACCCUUGAAUAAUGAGGAAUCCCAAAAAGAUGACUCUCCACCUAAUGAGAGGAAGGAUUCUAGGGAGGAAACUGAGCCAGAUGCCUACAGCAGGGAGUCGCAAUCAUUGAAAGAAAGACCACAAUCACCAAGGCCUGACUGCAGUUCCCAGCCUAUCAGAAUUCUCAGUGACGAUGAGAUGAACAAGCUUGGAGCUAAAAUUGUCAAGGCAGAAUUACUGGGUAACACGGCUUUGGCAUCAAAACUGAGAGCCCAGCUAGAUGAAGCUCGUCAACAGAAAGAAAGGAAGCCUCAGGAAACCCCUCCUGUAACAGAGAGAAGGUCUGAUGCAGAGAGAUCCAACUUGAAUGAAGACAAUGAAGCUCUCCUUGUCAGGACAGAUCAGUCAGGACGGGCAUGGCCUGUGAAUGCAACAGCAGAUUCAAUGGAGCCAAAAGGCGGAAGGAGAAAGAGACAGAUGGUUGCUACACAUGUUGAUAAGGAGAGGGUGAGAUACUUUCAUGAUGAUGAUAACCAAAGCCUUAAAGAAAUGGUCAAGAGAGAAAAGAUGGGGACAACAGAGGACCAAAAUAAACUGUUUCUCCGCAUGGCAUCCAAGUUUAUGGAGAAAACUGACCGGGACAACUACACUUUGGAUGAUAUGUUUGUCUCCAAAGCUGCAAAGAAAGAACAUGAAAAUAAAGAGGAAGAAAGAGAAAGAAAACAAGCUAUAGACGAACAUCGGAGACUCGCUGCCAGAAUGGAAAAAUGCCCCUUUUGCUUCGAUAAUUCUGAACUUCCCAAGCAUCUUAUAAUUGCUAUUGGUACCAAGGUUUACUUGCGUCUUCCCAACCAUCUGUCGCUCACAGAGGGGCAUUGCCUGAUCGUUCCAUUGCAGCACCACACAGCGAGCACUCUGCUGGAUGAAGACAUCUAUAAUGAAAUCCAGGUGUUCCGGAAAGCCUUGGUCAGGAUGUUUGAAUCUAAAGACCUGGACUGUGUCUUCUUGGAGUCCAACAUAUAUGCAAGAAAACGUUUCCAUUUGGUCUAUGAAUGCAUCCCUCUGCCAAAGGAACUGGGUGAUAUGGCACCUAUAUAUUUUAAGAAAGCCAUAAUGGAAUCUGAUGAGGAGUGGUCCAUGAAUAAGAAAUUAAUAGACCUUUCUACAAAGGACAUUCGAAGAGCUGUGCCCAAAGGUUUGCCCUAUUUCUCUGUGGAUUUUGGAAUGCAAGGAGGCUACGCCCACGUUAUUGAAGAUGAGCACAAGUUCCCAUCUUACUUUGGAAAGGAAAUCAUCGGGGGGAUGUUGGAUUUGGAGCCACGGAUUUGGCGCAAAGCUGUCCGGGAGAAUUUUGAAGACCAGAGAAAGAAAGUGUUAGAGUUUGCCCAGUGGUGGAAACCAUUUGAUGUCACAAAGGAGUGAAAGUUCUAGCAACAGUGGCCAUAGCUAGGUAGAAUUUCCUUUAUUCACCUUUAGGUUAACUUUUAGUUAUAAAGCUGUCAAUUCUAAGCAGCUUUUCAGUUGGUCUUCAUUAUCUAUCUUGUAUAGUUUUUCUUGUUUUAUUAUUUGCUUCAUUUUCUUCUGACUUUUUCAAGGUUUCAAAUGGGAGUCACUGACCCCAUCGCAAAUCAAUUGCUCUGUAAGGCUACAAAUGUAUUGUUAUUGCUACUUUUAUUACUCAUCUUUCUAUUCAAUCCUCUGCUAAUUAUAGUCCAGUCUCUUAUUCAAAUCAAUGCAUGGUUGCUAGGGGGAAUUUGGACCCUAGCAACCAAAUUGCAAACUGGAGAGCUGCUGAAUAAAAAGCUAAAUAACUCAAAAACCACAAAUAAUAAAAAAUGAAAACCAACUGCAAAUUAUCCCAGAAUAUCACUCUCUACAUCAUACUAAAAGUUAAUUUAAAGGUGAACAUCCCCUUUUAAUGGAGUAGAGUAUUCCUGGUCAGUGUUAAACCUUUGGAAUAAGACGGAUGUUUUAAAUAAAUAAAUAAAGAUUUUGUUUUGUUCUCA